CUGUAUUUUUGGGUCAGUUUGACAAGGAGAACAAUUUACCGGCUGAAACAAAACAGCAUGACACGGGCAAGGAGAAACGCCUUCCCAUAAGAAAAGCAUCAACAGAUUUAACCAGCAAAGAAAACAGCCCCUUCCUGAAGCCUGAUGAAUCAAGUAGCCUCACACCUCAGUCAUUGACCAUUGGGGACAAUGCCAAAGAAACAGCUUUACUGAGACGUCUCAGAGGACAUGAGGAUGCUUUAACUCUGGCAUUUCAAGAUGGUGACUUCAAGAAAAGGUCUACUGACAUUCCAGAACAUCUUGUUAAUGAUACCGUCACCCCGGAGCCACUGGCCAGUGAUGUAGUUCCAAAAGAUUUGGAGUCCAUGGAUGUGAGUGAUACGUUUGAGAUGCCUCUCUUAAGAGAAGAAGAUAUGGACAUAGCUGCAAUGAAUUUGGCAGACAUUCAAAAAACAGAUUUUAAAGCUGAGUUACUGCUCAAAGACAAUGAAGAUGAUAUUUUGGCUCCAUCGGAUCUUCGAUCUCUAGAGAAUGUAUUGGCCUCGGUUAUUGACAUGGAGUUUGGCGCAGAACCUGAGAUUAAAGACAAAUCACAGGUAGCGUCUUCAGUGAGAAUGGAAUUGGAUGAUGAGUUGGAUACAUCUGGGGUCCAAAAUUUUGAAGCUGAACAGAAUUCAGCAAAACCUGACAGAACUGUUGUGCGAGACAGUGAAGUUGGACAGAAAUCAGAGAAGGCUGAUACUCUGAGUCUUGUCACUCACAAGCCAGAUACCAGUGUUGCCAUCCUAUCAGAAACUCAGAGUGAGAGUGAUGUUGUUUUGUCACAGACACCUUGUACCAGUGGGGAUAUUUUGUCUUUAGCACCAAGUGUCAGUGGCAUUAUGUCAACACAGGGCAAUCAAGCAUGCACAUCUGCCGAUGUUGAGACGUCAUCUGUAGCUCUGCUCCCAUCUAACAACCCAGCAGUGAUUCACUCAGCUACUCCAACAACUGAAGCAUCCUCCCCAAUGAAUCAGCUUCAAGAACUAACUAAACCCUCAGAUCAUAAUGCAACAUCAGGAAGUUGUUAUGGAGCUUCUCCUGCUGUGCCUCCAUGCUUACAAGAAGACAUGUCUUCAGCUCAGCCAUCUGUUGAAUCCCUUCAACAAACCUCUUCAUCACCUGACAUGGCUCACACUCCCAGUACCAAACUUUCCCUUCAACAAACCUCUUCAUCACCUGACAUGGCUCACACUCCCAGUACCAAACUUUCCCUUCAACAAACCUCUUCAUCACCUGACAAGACACUCCUGCUCAGCACCAAACUUCCUAUAGCCCCGCCUCCAGCUCAUUCAGCUCAGUCCAUGUUAACUCCUCAUGAUAUUUUAACAGUUUUGUCAAGAAGCCCUAAAAAAGCCCAUUCCCAUCAAGCACAUAACUUUCCAGUUUCAAUCUCAUUGUCUGAUGUAAUGUCCCACCAGCAUCCUCAAAGUCGUACUCCUCCUCAGGCAUUUUCAUUGAGCCCCGCCAAGAUUCCUCCGCCACCAAUAACCCAGCACUUGAUGACCUCUUAUCCCAGUGGACAAUCCUCAUCAACAUCCCACAUUUCUUCCAUGCUGAUGUCAGGAUCUGUAGUGACUGGAGUGAAACCAUCACAAGAGCAUUCAUUACCGCCGUCCACCAGAAUUUCAAUCAUCCCUUCUGAACUAUCUCACUCGCCUAUCAUUACAAGCUUGUUGUCCCCAAAUAGCAAUACUUCCUGUCCCAAGUCAGCCUCAAUGUACCACAGUGUGUUGACAAGCCUGAACCAAAGUAACACAGAGUCAAGUGUGUACCAAACCCCCACCGGAAGCAGAACAUUUAUUUCCCAUGAUGCACCAGAUUCAAAAUGUGAUGCCAGGCCAUCAUCAAAGUCACCAAAUAGAAAUGAAAUAUCCCCAUGCUCAAAAGGCUCUCCUCGUAGAGCAGCUCACAGUUCCCCUCAUGGAGCAGCCCACAGUUCCUCUCAUGGAGCUGCCCACAGCUCACCACAACUCUAUGACAGACGUAUGGAUGAGAUCUCUCCAAGCAGACCUGCCAAAGACAGUUUUGUGGACAAACCCAAACCACCAAAAGCACACCAACCAUCCCAGCCCACUUUGCAUCUUCCAAAGCAGCCUUUACCUGCUCACUCCCAGGGAUCUGGCCAGCACUCCGUUUGGCCCCCUCCUGGUCAGCUUUCCCUGGUAUCCCAUCAUGGUCAGCAUGCCCUGGUGUCCCCACCCAAAGCCCACUCUCACCCCAAGUCUCUACCAGUCUACCACAGAAGUCCAUCCCAACCCUUUGUCAGCUCGCUGCUACCUGUUGAAUCCCCUGCCUACAUGUCCCACGCCAUCGAUGAGCCUGACCUCUAUUUGGAGACACCUCGAUCGUUGUCUUUUCCUCUUCACCAUAUCAACACACUUACAGCACUGGAGGCUGAGAUGAUUUUAAAAUCAACAACAGAUAGCCAGACAACAGCCAUUGCUGCCGAGCAGACCAGACGAAAACUUGUAGAGAAACAUUCUGGAUCCCAUCGUCAUCGAUCUCCAUCUUUGCUGCGGUCAUCAUCACUUCCGGGGUACUACAGUCCAUCCCUUGAUCUUCCAACCUAUCUGUCCCCACCACCACUGCCCCCUUCUCCAAUCUCACCAUUUUUCCCAAGUACCUGUAACCUAUCACAAAGUGGGAGGCAGCCAGAUUAUUCCGCCCUACUUUCCACAUCCGUUUCAAAUAUCUUCCCUCGGUCUACGUUCCCAUCUUAUCCUCAUAGCCAUCACCAACAGGAACUUGGUGCCUUGCCCUACACAGGAGCACUUUACUCCAGUAUUCUGUCCAGACUUUCCCCUUCUCAGUAUUCCCCGAGCAGCAAAUUGCCCCCCUCACUCAUGCCACCCAAGGCAUCAGCUGAUUCAUCUCAUCACCACAGAGCCACCAAAAGUAACUCGCCUUUCACCAAAAGUCAGUCUCAUGAGAAAUCCCAUACACUUCUACAUUUACCUUCUGGUAACUCUGGUCACCACCAUCCGCGUUCUUCCAAAUCUCCAUCCCUCAGUUCCCAUCACAGUGACACACAGAUGCAUCAAAGAUAUGCACCAGCUACGGCACAGCUCCAGAAUCUAGCCUGGAUAUCACAAUCAUCUUCCCAAUCAUCAGAAAAACCAUUUAUUCAAGGUACCAAAAUUUGCAUGGCCAUUUCUUAUCCUUUUAUAAAUGUUAUUAAUUUUUUUUUACUACUUUUUUUAUUAUUGUCAACUCUAAAUAAUACAUACCCAGUAUGAGUUUUGUGAUUUGAUCUGCUUUGAAAUUAUUUUUCAGUUAAAAACUAUGGGUCUAUUGGCUGUAAAUUUUUUGAAACAUUUUCACCCGCGAUGAGUCUCCAUACUUAUAUUCAGUAACAUGCAAUGAUAGGAGUUGCCAUUCAAGAGCUACCUUUUGUAACAUUUUAUGCAAUUGCAAGCAUUGCUACAAUUUUCAAUCUGUUGAAUUUAUUAGCAGGUGACCACAACUAUCAAAAGAGAGGGUUGCUUUCUCAAGUCAAGUUUGAUUCACAUCAGUCCCCAGCAAGCACAGCUUCAACAAGAACCACCACAAGUCAUUCUUUGCCCGCCGCUUCCAAGAAAGCUCAGCAUGAAUCUACAAGAACAUCUGUAGACCCCAGUAGGACACAAGGUGGGGCCAGAAUUGGUAAUUUAAUCCAGUGCUUCUUUAAAUUUUGUGUGUACAGACUUAUCACUUUAUCCACAAUACCACUACCCAUUUCAUGAUUAUCUUACGAUUUUGGCAUACAAUGUACGAUUUUGGGGUGUAUAGAUUGUAUAUACUAUAUGUUUAUUUUUUACUAUAAAUAUAACGUAUUCAACAAUUUUGUGAUGAUAUUGUACGAUUUUAAGAGUUGGAGGGUAAACAGGUCUGGAUUAAGAUUAGUUUUGUAUAUUUUUACAUUUGUAACCAGCAACUGAUCGGUGCCAGUGACUAGCACUGAUUUAACAGACUACUUCUAUUAAAGGUCUUUGUUUGUUCAACAUCAUCUUAUUCAUUUAAAUCAGCAAAUAAUUCCAUUUUCCUGAUGGAAACAAACAAUGAGGUAGACAUGAAGAGUUACUUGAAUGUGUUAAUGUUUCAGAUCAAAUCUUAUCUUUCAUUUCAUCCAGCUUAUUGUUUUAUGUUUUUAUUUCCAACCCAGGAGCCAAACGUGGACCCAAAAGAAAGUUUGAAGAUACCGUGCUAGAAGAAUGGGAUGAUGCGUUCAAGAGGAGAUCAACUAGAAGCAGAAACUCAAGAACCAGGAAGGAAGAACUCAUUGUCAACUAUCAAAAACUGAUGAAAAAUUAUUUCCCAUCCACUUUGCUGGAAUUGGAGAACGAUGAGAACUUGGGGAAAAAAGAUGAAAACGAAAUGGAAAUGGAUAGAUGUGAUGGAGAAUCUGGCACAAAAUGCUUGACUGAGAGCAGGCUUCUCAAAACUCUCACUGAAACAGAGGAGGAUGAUGUAAAAGGUUAUAUUAAAACAUGUCUCAAAGGUCAUGGCAUUAUAGAUUUGAUCUAUAAAUAUCUUCUUCUGCUGGCUAAUAAAUCGGAUUGCGUGUGGUACGAAGGAAUUUCUGACCUGUACUUAAAACUUUAUGAACGUUUACGUCAACACUUCUCAGUCCCGUCAUUGUAUGAUAAUGAUGAGAGUUUUCCUCUGGAGGGCCUGAAGAACUAUGCGGCACUUAUCCUGACCUGGGCUGAGCUUUCACUUAACAGAGUGAUGCUUGAGAAUGGGCUGAAAAAUGUCAUGUCCCCCACUAAAGCUGGUCAGAGCAAUGCCAAUUUAUUAGGUCUUCUAGGAAAGUUUCACACAGAGGACAUGCUAUUUCUGUCAUCACUGACAGCCAGGAAUGAUGCCUUGGGUAAUUACUUUAUUCUUGGAAAUAUUUGGGUAAUUUUUGCUUGGUCUCAUUAAUUUAUUUUUAGUUAUGAUGUAAAGGAAUAUUCAUCGGGUUUCUGUUGAUCUCAUUGACAGCGGGAAAGUAUUUCAUAUUAACAUAUUUUUUAAAAAUCUAAUGAUGUCAUCAAUUCCGUGUCUAAUCAAUAAAAACUAUUCCAUAUCAAGAUAUUGUCUACUUUUCAAUUCUGUCUCGUGUCAGGCUCAUGGCUGGGUGAAUUCAGUCUUCGUUUGUACUGGUUGAAAGCCAAGCAGCACCAGCUUCUCAAUGAGACACUUGAUGCUGUAGAUUGCUUUGAGAUUGUACAGGAACUGCUUCAAGAUAUGGAAAAGGAGAGGGACAGUACCCAAGAAGGUUAGAUAUUCAGAAGCAGUUGUUACAGAUAGGGCUUUUAUAUGGUGUUCUUUUUAUACAUUAUCAAGUUCAAAAUGUUCUGAUUGUUAAAGAUUUCUUUGAUUGGCUAUUUUUACAUUUCUUUGGUCUUAACUCUUUGAUUGGCUAAUUUUACAUGUCUUUGGUCUUGUGUCUUUGAUUGGAUACUUUUACAUAUCUUUGAUCUUAUGUCUUUGAUGAAUGUUGGUGAUACAAGAAAAGUUCCUUAGUCCUACUGUUAAUAUUUUUUUUUGGUAAUGUUUCUUAAUUUCCUAUAACUUAAAUAAAAAAUAAAUCAAUGAUUACCUGGCCAAUCUGCAAUGCAAUUUAUAGACAAACAUAAAGAUAGUGUUGUUGUUUAGUGUUGUUGUUUUCUUUUACAAGACCCCAGUUUAUCACUGUCCUCCAUAUCUCACCCCUAGUUGUAAUGGUGCCCAACAUUAUCGAGGACAAAGUGAUCUCACUCGGGGAAGUAAAGAGACUACUAGAAGCCUUACAGAGGUGUAAGUCACUGGAAGAUACUCAGAAGCUCUACGAAGAAGGACGUUUUGAUCUUGUUGUGGAGAACCUUCUCACCACUUUUAAUAACAAGGUGACCCCUAAGACAACCACCUUGUUGCUCUUUCAACUUGAAAAGCAUUUAGCACUGUCUCUAUUCAACACUCAUAGUAGAACCAAAAGUUUAAAAGUUCUGAAGUAAUAAUACAUUGUUAUACACACACGCACAUCUUGUUGGACGCAAAUUAUUGAAAAUUGAAACCGUUUAGUUUGAUACACACGUUUAAUGAUUUGUUUUCUUAUUUCCAAACAGAGUAUUACACAGAAAUCCAUUGCCCAGAGAGAGCGUCCAUCCCAACUCCUUCUUUUGCUGAAUUCCCUCCACAAACUGAAAGAGAAAGAACGGUGUAUGGAGUGGGCACAAGUUUCACUAAAUGAAGCUAUCCAACAUUAUAAAAGAGUUCCAACUGUACAGCUUCGCCAGGAUUGGGCAGCUACUCUGGUAUCAAUCUUUGGAUUCAUUGACAAGUAUGUACAGAGGAGAUAAAAAUAAUGGCAUCAUAAUUGUUAAUUUACUAAUAAAAUUUUCAACCCUUUGUCUUGUUGAUGUACCAUUUUAUAGACUCAAAUGUUAAUGCCACUGAAAGCAUAAAAUGCUAAUGAAGAGGUCAAAAGGUUUUAAAACAAGAGUUUUAAGCAAUGGAAAUUUUCUUGAUUAAAUCUCCUCAGGAUCAUGGAGGAAGACAAGUCUAUAAUGGCUUCCCUGAGCCGUAAGUCCUUUGUUCGUUUGGCCCACAAUUUGGUAGCAGUCAUUGAAAUUUCUCUUGAUGUUGGUGACAGUGUCACAGAGAUGCCGAUUGGCUCACUCCUGCCUUGGAAGAUUUUAUACAGGUGACCAGAUAAUUGAUGUGUAAUGUUUGAUUGGUCCUAGUUAGCUGUCAGUGUUCAGAAUUUAACAGAACAAUGAGCAUAAAGAAUCAGGAUUAGAAGAUGGGAAUCAUUUCUCAUUGAGAUUAUUUGCUCAAAAUAUUCAAUAAUAUGUGUUCAAGGGUGUUACAGUUUGAGGAGCAGGAAAAUGCUCGCCGCCAGAACACAAACGAAUCCAAGGACAAUAAAGAUGAUGAUGAAGAUGACACAAGCCGAUCUUUGACGAUGCUUGUUGAGGCCCAUGAACAUUUGGGAAGGUAAGUGAAGGGGAAGUAACAUCAAAUUAUUCAAAUUGUUUCAUGCUAAAAAACAUCAUCUCAGUGAUUUGAUGAAAGGAAACCUAUACAUGGAGUUGAAGGCCUGGCUUAAAAAUACACACCCCAGUUACAUUAGUCUAUAUUUUGAGAUUCAAUUAUAGUUUUAAGAGGUAAAGUUAACUCAAAAAAAGACUGCUUUAAUUUAUUCUAAUUUUGUCAAACACAUCAAACUAAAACAAAACCCUAUUUUGAAAUAUAAUAUUCAUGCAAUAAUUUAAUCAAAGGUUGCCAAAUAUCCUUAUUAAACCAUUUAAUAUACUUUGGGAUAAGGCAAUCAUGAGAUGAUUUUUACAGGGGCAUAGCUUGUGUUAGCCCUGCCUGAAACUGACUAAGAUUUGUUUUGCCCCCCCCCCCCUGUAGAAGAAAAAAAUGCAGUGCCACCACUCCAUAUAAAGAAAAGAAAUUGCCGCCCGGGGCAGAUCUCUCCCCCACACACACACAUCACCAAUCCCUUUCCUACACCUUUGGAUCUUAGAUUUUUUUUUGCUAUUUGAAUAAAACUAUUAUUUUUACAUAUUCCAAAAAAAUAUAUAUCGUCUGAAUUAAUAUUUCUGUAUUCUCUCCAGGCAUUCUUGGUGUACUAAAGAUGAAGGGGAUUUUCUGCUCUUUUUGAUGUCUAUUCUUCAAAAGGAAAUGGAAGAUAAAGACAGGGAAGACCUGACAUUUGAGCAGUGUGUUUUCUGCUUGUAUGGACAUCCAAACAAGAAGGGGAAGGCCAGGUCAAGAUGAUUUUACUAUUUUAAUAGUAAAUAAUAUUGCAUCAGCAAGAACUGGAACAGUUACAUCAUGUCCAUAACAAUUUUAAUUUAAAUAAAGAUCUAAUAGGAUAAAGUUGUUCAAUUUUCUGUUUCAGACACUUGAGUGAUCACAAUGCUGCACCCAUAACAUUGGACUGGGAGAAAGCUGGCCUUCUAUAUUUCUACUUUGCUCCAGCACCAGCCCCUGAGUUUGACAGCUACAAGAUUAAAUCUGUCACAUCCGAUGUGGAAAACUUGCUGCGCAGAAUAUAUGGUUUAGUUCCAGCUGAACUUAAUCCAGGUAUGCACUGCUUGUAGAAAACUGUUUUAAUGGCAUGUUGUGAUCAUAAUUUGAGAUUGUGGCUUCAAGGAUUAAUUUAUAUAAAUAUAAAUUAAAUUUACAUAAUGUAUAUAUAAGCAUAUCCCACCUAAAAAGGAAAAGAAUGAGAGUGGGUGCAAAACCCACACAAAAACAAAGUGAAGAAGAACGGAAAAGAAGUGAGUGGAAGUAUAAUUUAAAAACCAAACAGGAAAAAGACAUGGCAGCUAUGUGAAAUUGUGGAUUUGGUUUAUAACUAGUUUGUUGAAAAUGGUUUCAAUUAUCUGUUCUUCAUCAUCAUCAUAUCCCUUAGUCCUUGGACUGUUGGGGCACCACAGAUGACAUGUGAACUAUCCUCCUCCAUUCCUCUCUGUCUUCUGCACUAGGCACAGCAUCGCAUAGUUUUAGUCCUUUCCACUCUUUGUAGUUAUCUUGCCAUCUUCUUCUCCCUCCUCUCAUUGUGCCCUGCAUGAUUUCUUUGGCGAGUCCUUGUUUCCUUGUCCGUGGCCAUACCAUUCCAGUUUGCGCUUUUUUACAGUCACCAGGAGGCCAUUGUACUGCCCAUUUGCCUGAUGCAUCCUUUCUUUCACUUGAUCAUUGGAGAUAUGGUCCUUAUAGCUGAUGCCAAGAAUGCUUCUGAAAUAUCUCAUCUCCAUCGCCUUUAUUUUCAUUUUAGGUUCUGCUAUUAAUGUCCAGGACUCGCAGGCAUACAAGAAAAUUGAGAGGACUAAUGAGCCCAUCAGCCUGAUUUUGGUGCUGGGGGCUAUAUUUUUGUUGUUCUGUAUUUUCUUGAGCCUCUUUAGUGCUGUUAUGGUCUGGGCAAUCCUGGACAUCAGUUCGGGCUUCAAGCCGUCUUCCAAGACUAUUGCUCUUAGGUAUUUGAAGUUGCCUACUGUCUCUAAUCUUUCCUCCUCAACCUUAAUUUCAGUGGCGAUGCCUGUGGUGUUAUUUGUCAUCAGUUUUGUUUUUUCUGCACUGAUUUGCAUGCCAAAGGAUGAUGAAGUCUUAUUGAGACGCUUUACUAGUUUGGCUAGCUCUUCUUCAUUCCCAGCCAGUCCAUCUAUGUCAUCCGCAAGGCGUCGGUUGGUGAUUGUUCUUCCACCAAUGUUGACUGUCCCUUCAUGCGCUUCCAGAGCAUCUGACAUAAUUCUCUCUAAGAAGAUGUUGAACAAGGUGGGGGAGAGCACCUUGUCGUACUCCAACCUUGGUCUUGAACCAUUCUCUGACGUUGUUGUUUUUGUUGUUCUUAUUACUUUCAAAUCAUAUCUUGAAAACAGCUAUAUGUAUUUCAGUUUCUAAUUGUAAGACAUGAAAAAAAAAUUAUAGUGUUGAAUUUGGUGAAUAUAUUUUUUCUUUUUUGUGAAUUUUUGUGAUUUCAACUAAAAAAAGUGCAUCACAUUUGGUUUUUAAAAUUUAGAAGAAAGUAAAAAAAUUCAAUAAGAAUUUUCUACUGUGUGUUGCUAAUCAAUUUUGGUUAUUCUAAUCAGCCCGCCAUGUGUCAGCAAUCUCAGACUACAUUGAAGGCAUCACCGGUGAUGUCCCAACUUGUUCUGUUUUAACAAUCAGUUCUACAAAUGACCCAUACAAAAUAUGUAGCCAGCUGUACUACCUCCUGGGUGAUUUCUACUUCAAGAACAAAGAACCAGCCAAAGCGGUCAAGUUCUAUCAGUUGGAUCUGGUGCUCAACUGCAACAGGCUAGACUCAUGGGCGGGGCUUGCACUGGCCAAAAUGUACCAGAUUGAACAAAAACUUAAUUCUGUAAGUUAUUGUGUUGGUUGGUUGCUAAGGGCAACAGGCUGGACUCAAGAGUGGGGCUUGUGCUGGUCAAUUUUGGUUUGUUGCUAAGGGCUACAGGCUAGAGUCCUGAUCAGGGCUUUUGCUGGCCAAAAUUCUGUAAUAACUAUAAGGCUGGUUGGUUGCUCGGGGCAACAGGUUGGACUUAUUGGAGAAGUUUACUCUAGCUAAAAUGUACCAGAUUUUUAAAAAAAACUUAAUUCUGUAAGAUACUGAGUCACUGUAAAGGUUCGUAGGUUGUUGGAGGCAGGGAUGGAAGUUUUGUAUAUGGUGAGUUGAAUAUGGCUUGAUUUUUUUUUUUUAAAUUCUUUUAUUUAGGCAUAAAGAUUUUAAUUUUCACUUGCUUUUUCAAACAACACAUUUCACUGUUUAAUUUUCUCUUUUUUCUUUUGACUAGACGGAGUAUAAAAUAGAGACUCCCAUUCAGAAGAAAUCUGCAGCUCCUCUGAGAUGCUUUAAAAGAGCUGUUGACCUCCAGAAGACAUGUAGGAAACUGUGGCUUGAGUACGGCUCAUUGGCUUAUCAGCUACAUUCACAUGCAUCAAGGCAGAUUAUAUACAAGGACUUACUAUCUAUUAGUCAGGAUAUUACUGAGGUAAAUUAUUGUUUAAGAAAUCAAGCUGAUCUACAGGUUAAAAAGCCAUUUUAAAUUUCGGGGAGUGGGGGGGCUGGGGGUUUUGUUCAUCCGCAUUUGUUUCAAUAUGAAAGUUUGGCUACAAGAUAAUUUGAUGACAAAGUCUUAUAAAAGAUGGACAAACAAGCAGUAUUUGUAAUAACAAUGCUUGCUUCUUUAUGGCUAAAUGGAUUGAUUUUGAUUAUAGGGGGCAAAGAAAAGAAAACAAGAUAUGCUUGCCCUGGCUAAAAACAACUACUUGCGAGCCAUUGACUGUGAAGGGGAUGGUACGGAGGAUGACUGGCUCACACACUACAUGAUGGGGAAAAUAGCUGAGAAGGAAGGGGACAAUCCUCAAAUCUACUUGGAGCAUUAUAAGCAGGUUUGUUCCAUAGAAAGUUGACACAAAUUCUGCAUGAGCAGACUUGGCUCCCUCAACUGUUCAAUUUUCCAAAGCUUCCCACCACAAAGUUACAGUAUGUCUGUUUUAACCCAUUCGAUAUGUUUCGCUGCAGUGUGCAUCACCACGAUUUUGGCUGAAUACAUUUAGUCGCAGAUUGCGUCAUCUCUGGUUUUGUUUAGUUUCAUGCCUUUAGUAUUUUAACUUUUACAGUCAUAUAUUUUAUUUAUAGCUUUCUAAACUUUCAUUCAAAAGAGUUUCAAUUCCUUUCUUUGAAAUUUCUGGCAGAUUGUACCUCGUUUAGUGUAUUUUUUGCUUGUUUUUUCACCUUUUAAAAAUUGUAAAUAAGCAUCAGCAGAUUGUUAUGUCUUCAACAAGCUGUACUGGCACUAAUAUUAGGUCUGUUAGCUCAAGAUUUAGAUAAGUGCCUGCCGAAGAAGCAAGCCAAUUAAUUAGCUUGGAUCAUUCAUUGGACUCAAAUAAAAACAAUGAAGAGGAUUUGUUUAUAUGGUUUGUAAAGUGGGGAUUUAACCCUUUCAUUACUGCUGGUUUUGGGCAUUGAUUUUUUCUGACUCAGCAAUAAAAAAAACUUAAAAAAGAAAUUUUUGGUAUUUUUCAUUCUCUAUCGGAUUCCCUUUUUAACUUCUUUAUAGAUUAACGCAUAAAUAAAUAUAAAGCAUUGAAAUAUGACGUCCUUGGCAUUUCAGAAAAGUUCUUUGCCUCUUUGUUAUGACAACAGUAUGACGUCCUUGGUAAUUGAAAGUGGGUGAUCGUGAUGUCACGUCGACGUCAUCGGUAGCCAAGUGGUUGAAAUUAAAAAUCAUCAGGUCCAAUGGAAUUUUAGCCCCUUAACUCUCUGCAGUCCGACUAUAGAGAAAUGGUACAUAUAAGUACCAUAGAUUUUGUGGCUGGGUCAUUUAUUUUUUAACUUUUUUUUUUAUUGAAAAAAAAUAUUUAUUAUAUUUUAAUAAUUUGUUUCAUUGGUUUAAGUAUUUGUAAAAAAAUUAAAAUUAUUACAAAAUUUGAAAUUACUAUUUUAAAAAAAUAUGUUUGGAAACUUAUUCAGCGCGGAGUAUCCCUUGAAAGCUUCGCAGAUUUCCAAAAAAACAAAAAAUAUAAGUCUCACAAAAAAAAUUAAAUAGUAGUAUGAAUAUUGUCAAAUGAUUUUAAUUUCCCGAUUUAUCAAGGAGUUAUUUGUUUGUCUAAAGCAAUGUAUCCAAAUGGAGACUCUAAUCAUGAAAUUUAUCACGAUUUGCAUAUAAAAGUACCGACUAAUGCUAUCGUAAACAAGUAAGCUUAAUUUUAAUUAUCAUUUCCCGACUUUAAAAUUAAUAAUAAAACAAUAAAGUGAUAUUUUUAUAAUUUUAAUUGGCUGAAGUAUAUAUUAUCCAUUUAUACUUACAUUGAUGUAUUCUAUUUGAAUUUUAUUAAGUUUCAAUAAUUAUAAAAUAAAUAAAUAGAGUCGCUAUGCGAAAUAAAUAUUUUAAAAAAAUAGCGGACAAUUUCGGUCGAUUGGAACUUGCGUAAUUAAAUAAAUUUAAAGUUAAGGACUUCUGAGUUAUUAAUUAAAUAUAUUUAUUUAAAAUAUGUUACAGCCAAGAAUAAUCUUCUAAAUUUUAUAAUAUUGCAUAGUAGAAAUGUGUUUAAAUUUUAUUAUCAUUAUCGCUAGUCACUAGUAUUAGUAGAGACUACUGUCGGCAGAAUAAAAAAACCAACAUUUAUGUUUUUAUUAAAAGCUCUCUAACUCUAUUGGGAAGGAGGAGAGAGAGACAAAAAUGCAGAUAUUGGAUCAAGAAGCCCUUAUUCCUUAUUGAUCCUAAAUAUUAAGCCUGGACUCCACCCUUUUACUGAGUUACAGAGUUACUGGAUGGAUAUCUUUGAAGAUUUUACCCUAAAAACAAGUGGUGGUAAGUUUUAAUCUAAUCACUUGGUAGCAAAAUGCAUAAAGAAUAAACUCACAAUAUUGUUAUAACAUAUGUUAUAAUGUAUUUUCUAUGUACAAUGGUUUACUUUUAUACUAAUUUAGGCACUUGGACUAGGAUUAAUGGUAUUUUCCCUUACUGAUAGCAUACCAUUACUGAUACCAUUAGUGUUAAUUUAUUUAUGAAUCAAUCAAAUUUUUUUUUUCCACAGGUUCUUUAUUGAGUGAAUAUUCUGUGGUGAAAAAUCUUACCUAAUCUUAUGUAGAAAUCAAGUCCAGGACAAGCUUUUAUUUAUCAAAUAUAAUUAUUAUAAUAAAACUGCAGACUGUUUUAAGAAAUAAUAUUUGUUCAGAGUCCAUAAAUAUAAUUAAGGAAUAAUGUAGUUUAUCAGCCUGUGUUAUGUGAGGAUUAUAACAAAGAUAUAUAAAAAUGCCGGUACAUGGGAAAAAAUAGAUCACAUUAGUGAGGAAUGGAUUGUAUUUGACAUUAAUAUCAAAAUUAGCAUUAUUGUACUGAUACAUUUUAAUUUUUUUUAACUUUAACAUCAGCGAAUACCGCUAUUUUAAAAUUAAAAAAAAAAAAAUUGACUCUUGUUUUGAGUUAUUUAUAUAUUCAUCAAAUUUUACUUAGUCAUCUUUUACUCAAGAAUUAUUAAGAAAUAUAUUUAAUAUACAAAUCUAUAAGCUAUGAGACCCAUUUUUUAAAAUAUAUUACAUACAAAACAUAAUUUUCAUUAAAAGAAAAAUUAUAGUGCAUUUUUUAGGAAAAAAAGACAAAAUAUAGGUUUUGCUAAAAUGUUGACAACUUUUUGAUUGUUCAAAGAAUUUUUGUCAUGUUUGACUAUGAAUUGUAUAAGUUGAUGAAGUAUUUUAUUUAAAUAAAUUUUAAAUCUUUUAUAACAAGGAUUUUUUUUUUCCUUCAUACUGUGUAAAGAUUUGGUCAAAUUUUUGCAUAAAAUGAAAAAAAAUAAUUCUCCAAUAAUGUUUCAAUUAUUUUUAUAACUAAGAAAAUAAAAUAUACAAAAAAUAUCUUAUGAUAGCUGAGUCAAAGAUGAACAAGUUAAUAUAUUUAACUGAUCAGAUCAGAGCUAUUUCAGAUCAGUUAAUUAAUUAUUUUAAAAAUUCACAUUAAGAUUUUUAAGAAAUGUGAAAAAAACGUCAGACUGCAGAGAGUUAAUUUUACUAUGUUCCAUUGAAGAAUUGUGACAUACUGAAUGGGUUAAUCUGAGGUACAUAGCAAAGCUAAAAGCCAAAAUGUUGCAUAGUUUUCCUGUUAUAUCUAAAUGAGUUGAAAUAUGGUUAACACAAAAAAUAACAUUUAAAUAUUGAACAUUUCACACACUCAAAACUUGACACCAUGACUGUUGGAUUCAAAUAAAUAACAAGAUAUGUUUAGGCUUGGAAAAAAAGACAGAACAAUUAUUAUAGAGAAACAAAUAGCAUUUGAAAAAACAAUGCUUUUUAUUAUAUUUUAUUAUAUUCAACAGGCAGCCAUAUGUCUACACGAAGAAAAAGCACCAUACCCUAAGAAAAUCCAGUUUGCCAGCAUCCCACCAGACUUAGCUUUGGAGGCCCUGGAAGUUUUCUACCGUACCCAUGCAUCAGCUUUAAAAUUUGUGCUCUAUCACUGCAACAAUGAACAUUUGCCCAUAUUGUAUAGUUAUGUAAAAGAUUCUCUAGAAAGCCAUUUUGCUAGAUGUGAGGAGAAGCAGCACAAUUUAAAAGACCAGGAGAGGUAAACUGUUUCUAGAAAUCUCAAUUCAAAUUAUAUUUUAUCUAUUAAUUUUUUAACAAGACUUAAAAUUUUGAGUAAUUUUGACAGUCAUGUUACAUACUACUACUAUUAUUAUUAAAUCUGUCAGUCUUGUUGAAUACUAACUAUUAUUACUGAAUUGGUCAGUCUUGUUGAAUACUUACUAUUAUUAUUGAAUUUGUCAGUAAUUGAUCAUUUGUGAAGUGCAUUAUUUUUUUAAACCCUAAAGUUUAUACGUCAUAAUUUUACUAUUGGAAAAUCAUUGUCAGUGAUAAUCUGAAUAAUAUAGGAAUAAUGGAUAUAACUCUGUUAAAGAAGGAAAUAGUCAUGUAGAAAGGGGGGGAGUUAGUUUAAAGGAAUUAUAUGAGUUAUCACUUCAUUAGGUGUUUAUUUCCAUGUUCGUUUUUUUUUUUCAUUACGUAGCACCAGUCAAGAUUUUUAUCAUACAGCUGUUACUCCAUACAGCUGAUCUAUUUGACUCUAUUAUAGUAAUUAACAAAAAUUUUCAUCUCAAUGACAGGUUGGAGGUUUCCAACUCUCCAAAGCCCAGCAAUGUAGUGUUACCAGGGGGAGAUAAACAUAUCUAUCACAAAAACCCAACAGAUCACGAGUACUCUCGUCACAAAAGCAGAGGUGAUGUACAGUUAGAGGGGAAGGUUACUCAAGAUCAACAUAAGCACACAACUCAACAGAACAACUUAGAAUCUGCAUAUCAGGGUCAGACAAGUCCUGGUAAAAAUCAAGAAUAUCAGCGUAUGGAAACAAAGAAAAACUACUGCGACACAGUUGUCAUUAACCUCGACAACAAACAAACAGCAGAAGUUGUUGAUUUUGACAGACAAAUGUCUGGGUUGGUCAGCAAUGCUCAACCUGGCAGCUCAGUACAGAAAGUGACCAGAUCUACAACUGAAAGUAGCCUGUGCUUAGAGGGGACUGGAGAAACCAGCCCUGUCACUAGCACAGAUAAACAAGAGAUAUCCAAUGAGAAUACUUGCAAGGCCAGCUCUUCAGAGGAUGUAGAUAUGAACACUGUGUCUAGUUUUGAUGUUGGUGCACCAAUCCAUGUCACCACCCGAAGUCAUAUCACCACCCCAAUCCAUGUCACCACACCAUGUAUUGCAAUGCCUGAUCCUAUAAAAGAUGAAGACAUGGACUUAGAAGAAAUGGAAGUAAGUGAAACUGAUCCAGGCACAUUAUUUAAUCUACAGAAAAGUUAUUCUAAUUCAAAGGAGAUUUUUGGUUCUGAAAACUUUGCAAAAAGUACUAACCUAUCACCCAACCUUGGAGUUCCUGAGGUCAUUUCAGUUCCUGUGGAAGGUCAGCAAGUAUCCUUAAACUGUUCUGGGAAUUCAGAGUCAAUGCAAAUUGAAUUUAUGGAAACAGAUGAAAGCAAGCCUGUGAUUGCUGCUAAUGAAACUGAUCCUACAUGUGUCCACAAGAGUGAAUCAGCUCCACUCAUAUCUGCAAGUUCUUACUCAGACCAGGCUAAUGCAAUGGAGGAAUGUACAGAGGUUGUCUGUCAUCAAGAUGUCACUUCUGCUGACAUGGGGCAGAGUAAUGUUAAGGAAACUAUAGAGCGUGUGUGUCAGCGAGAUAUCACUUCUGCUACUAACCAACUGUCAGACAUGGACCAGGCAGUGAAUGUGUCAGACAUGGACCAGGCAGUAAAUCUGUCUGACAUGGACCAGGCAGUAAAUGUGUCAGACAUGGACCAGACAGUGAAAACUAAUGAGACUAGGUUGAUAAGGGAAAGGUUGGUGGAUGUGAUGUCUACCGUUACAAGUGAUGAUAAUGCAAGUGCCCCUGCUAUUUCACGAAUGGAAAGUGAAGGAUUCUCCCCAACCCAUGUCGAGGAUUAUCCAAAAGAUCAACGGGAUAGAACUAAUUCAGGGGAAUCAUCGGAGUGUAAACAAAUGGAAACUAAUGCUCUCAUCUUCAUGAAUGAUCAAGGUAUUUCAACAAAAGGCAAAGUAGAGGGCAGUGAUACAGUUGUUAAUGUUAAAGACGACAGUUGUUUGAAAGUAGAUGCUAGAGAACAUAAAACAGUAGAGGGAUCCACUCAACAAGCUUAUGUUGAUGGAGCAGGAGACUUAAAAGACAACAGAGGAAAAAACUGUUCAGUGUUGGAAUCGGUUGAUGAGAAAUGGGAAAGUGAAAGUAAAGAGAAGUCCCUUGCUUUGGCACAAUCUGAUGGGGUUAACAAUCACAUGGUGACUGUCAGUGAAACUGCACUUGUGGUGGUGAUGGAAACUGACAGCUUAGAGCUCCAUGGAGAUAGCCCUGAGACCCACCCAGACCCUCCUAUGAACGUUCCUUUUCCCAAGGCAGAAGUUCAUAAAACUGGAGCUAAAGAAAGCCCAGCAACUGCUGGUAAAGAUGAUGGUGAUGCUCAUAAUACCAUAGAAAACUCAGCAGCUGAUGCCACUAAUGUGGAUGGGGAUGCUCUUCCUAAAGACCCAUUACUACUUAGAGCUGAUAUUAUCACCAAAUGUAUACGUGGCCUUGAACUGUGCGCAGAAAGAUACAAUUCUCAUUACAAGUCAUUGUAUCGAUUGGCUGAUGUUUACUGCUUCUCUAAGGUCAGUUUUUAAUAUAAUAAAAUUAUGGUACAUAAAAAUGUUGGCCAAAUAUUUUCUCCAAAUCCUGUAUUAAUUUAAUUUCCCUACUUAUAAUAAGAAGCAGUAAUGCUUUAUUUGAUCUUGAUGUUUCAAAACUGUGUAGAACCUGAGUAAAGCCCGAGACCUGUUGCUGGGCCGUCCAGAUUGGCAGGAGCAAACACACAUGCCAGCACCUGGUCUUUUUUCAGAGAGGAAACAAAGCAACUUUUUCCAGGUAAACCUUUCAAGGAAUAAACAAUUACGGAUGACGCACAAAUUAUUCAGCUAGUCAGUGAAGUUUGAACAAUUUUUAAUAUAUAUAUAUAUAUAUAUAUAUAUAUAUAUAUAUAUAUGUGCAAAUAAUGUGCUUGCAUGCACGUUAUUUUUAUCCUUAUAUAUACUAUAUUAAUCAUUCAGAAAUCUUACAAGAAAUAAACAAUUACAGAUGACGCACAAAUUAUUCAGCUAGUCAGUGAAGUUUGAACAAUUUUUAAUAUAUAUAUAUAUAUAUAUAUAUAUAUAUAUAUAUAUAUGUGCAAAUAAUGUGCUUGCAUGCACGUCAUUGUUAUCCUUAGAAAUCCUAUAUUAAUCAUUCAGAAAUCUUGUAUUAAUCAUUCAGAAAUCUUGUAUUAAUCAUUCAGAAAUCUUGUAUUAAUCAUUCAGAAAUCUUGUAUUAAUCAUUCAGAAAUCAAAUAUUAAUCAUUCAGAUUUGUCUAAUAGAUAUCCCUGUUAAUUAUUUAAUAUAUAUUGUUUCAGGGUCUCUGGAAAAUCCCAAUAGAAGAUAUUGACAGAUCGGGUUGCUUUGCAUCACAUGUCCACCGAUCUGUUGUGCUUCUGCUUAAAGUCCUAGCAGAGCUUGGGGACAUUGAGAUGCUUAAGACAAUUCGCAUGCAUCUUAAGCGGACACCAGACGCAGGAAAGUGAGUGGUUCUAUCAAUGUGAUUUAAGUGACUUGAAAUGGGACAGUUCUAUAUCAGACCUGUUUACUCUUAUGAUUUUGGCGUACAAUGUACGAUUUUGAGGUGUAUACAUUAUAUAUACUGUAUGUUUAUUUUUUACUAUUAAGAUAAUGUAAUGAUAUUGUACGAUUUUAAGAGUUUGGGGGUAAACAGGUCUGCUAUAUAAACUAAUUUAAUGCACUGCAGUAGGGGGCAUCCACAUGGUCAUUUACGGAUGGCCCCUAAUUUGGAAUAAUGGACUGAGACCUUGACCUUCGAUUGAAGGAAUUAGUUUAGUGGCAAAUCAGCUUGAAAAGUUCAUGUUUAGGACUCACGUUAUAUGUAUCUGUUGCUUUUAGGAAGUAUUUGAGGGAUGCUGAACGUUGGGUACUGGCUGAUGAAGCAUUUCUCAAGUGUAUUGAAGUUGUUCAAAGAGAAAUGGAUGCGAGUGACAAGUGGACAGAGACUCGGAGAGAAGAGAAUUUGACCAGAGUGUAUCAAGUGUGGCUGAUGGGCAAAGGUUGUGAUCACUUGAAAAAAGCAUCUGCUGCACUCCUUCGAGCUUUUAGAGUCAUGAUGAAAGGCAGGGUAAGGACAUUGUGUUUUGUCAUAAUGAAAAAAGACAUUGGGGGUUAGUCAUAACGCUAAAAUAACCUUUAAGUUCAUUCAAAUUAUUAUAGAUUUCUUCAUUGACUAUUCUAUAAUACUUUCAAAGUAUUUUGAUUAUGAUUUAUAUGAAAUGUUCAUGUUAGCUUAAGAUUUAUUUUUUAUGAUAGCAACAAUAAUAACAAUAAUUUGUUAAGUUUUUUUAUUAGUUCGAACACAUGAAAAAUAUUUUACAUAGCAAGUGCAUCAGAGUUUCCAGUUAGAAAAAUUCAAUAUCUCUUUAUGUUUUGUGACAGGUCAAUAGGAAUAGGUAAACAGGUAACAGUCUCUCAGAAACACAGAUUAAAAGAAAUUCAAAGAUGUGACAUUGCAAGCCUGGAAUUUAACUUGUCAAAAAAGGAGAGAAAUAAAAUAAUUUUUUAAUAACUCUAAAUUCUUUGCUUUCCAGACUGAUGUCAAUCGUUUAACUGAGGACCAAGCUAUCAUUUACUGUCAGACCAAUCUGUCCAAAGCUCUCACCCCAGUAAGAUUAUUGAUUAUUUGAGCUAUGCUUUUAAUAAGUCUGCUUUACUUCAUACAUCAUUCCGUCUUAUCGCAAGGAUAUUGAUUUGAAAAUUACACAACUAUUUGUGGGUUGUAGUUUUUUGGGGUUUUUUUUACCCAUAUUUAUGUUUUUGUUGUGGUAUUCUAAAUUUAAAUGUAAGAAAUGCUUUUUAUGAUUUACUGUUGACUAUUGGAGCAAUUUAUUUUAGAUUUGAAUAGUUACUGAAUUUUAUGUUUUGGGAUGUAGACCAUAAUUCUCUAUUAGACUUUUUCCCCUGUUGACAAUAAGUAUUUUUUGUAUUUGUUACCUUUUAAUUGAUUCCUAAAUUAUUAUUUUUUAAUUUGCUACUAUCUAUUCAGUCAACACAGGUCAACAUUGCAAAUCAAGGGAAGUCAAUGUUGGAUAAAGGAAAGUCUGGUCAAGGAGCCCCAGUCAUGUCUUUAGAAAAGUCCAUUGUCCAAGGCCAGGCCUUUGUAGAACUAACUAGACUUGAGGAGAGAAUGGAAACAGAACCACUAGCCACCCAAGACAAGCCAGGACCUCUGAAAUCUAUAGUACCAUUAAUCACUAAAGACAUGACAGAACCUCUGAAAUCUACAGAACCAUUUCUCACUCAAGACAAGCCAGGACCUCUGAAAUCUACAGUACCAUUAAUCACUAAAGACAUGACAGAACCUCUGAAAUCUACAGAACCAUUAGCCACUCAUGACAAUCUAGAAACUCUGAAAUCUACAGAACCAUUAGCCACUCAUGACAAGCCAGGACCUCUGAAAACAGUGAAAAUUAAAAACCAUGACCAUGGAUCAACCAACAAUCAAAGUGGUAAGUUAUUUUCAUUUAACAUUUAAUUUAAUUUUUUUAUGCGAUAUAAUUUAAAGAUCCAAUUACAAAUUUGUUGAUUACACUUUGGGAAUAAAUCACUUAAGGUCAUGUUUAAAGAAUUAAAUGAAAUAUAAGAACAUGGUAUGCUAAACUUGAAUUCAUAGACAAAAGUAUUGCACCUCAUUUAAAUUAACUUAAAUUCAGGCAUCUCAUUCAACCAAAUGGACACAGAUCAGCCAACUGAAGACAAGACAGCAUCAGAACAACAAUCGGCCUUGCCAAUCACUGCAUCUGACAAAAUGCUUUGUGAAAAGUCUGGUAAUAGCCCAUCCAAAGAAGACACAAAUCAACUUCAGUUUGAAAAGGAGAAAUCUACCCAAGAUAUAACUAAGCUCAUAACUUCAUAUACAAGUGUAAUACAAAAUUCUACAGGUAGUCCAUCAUUGGGGCUUGAAAAGGCAUCAUUGGAAGAAAAAUCAAGGACCUUGCACACUGAAUCUGCAAUCCCAGGUACAGCAAAAGAAGAAAAUGUCAAUACCACCUACAAAACAAAAGAAAAUGUAGACAAUGCAACAGUAGCACUAGCUGAGAAAUCCCCCUUUCCUAAAAAAGAUAAAAUCACUCAGAGAAACUCAGAAGGAAUCUCUUCUGUUUCCACUCUGCCAUUCACAGUUAUAGUUCAUUCAGAUGAUGAUGUUAUUGUCAUUGAAUCUGACUGAGUGUUUUAUCACAUAAACUUUUUGUAUCACAGAUGAACUGUUGACACAUAAUGUACAAUAAAUGUAUUGAAAUUAAUGAUGCUGUAUUGGAUAUAAAAUUUUAAAACUAUUUAAUAGAAAUUAAAUUAGUUCUUGCUUAAAAUUAAAUAAAAGAAUGUUAAUAAUGAAUUAAUUAACUCGUCAAAUUGUUAUUUUGUGAAGUAAAAGAUUCUAAAUAGCUAAUAUUCCGGGUAACCCAAAAAAAUGCCUAGCCAUCAAUAUUUUAUGACACUCUUAUUGUUAUUUUGUUUAUUAUGCACUGCCAAAGAAUUCUAGGUACCGGUACAGCAAAAGAUGAAAAUUUCUGUUUACUUAUCAGGACUUUUUUUCAUUCCUAAACAUCUUGUUCCACUAUUUACUGUUUAAAAAAAAAUAAGAAAAAAAAAUGUAACUUUAAAUGGAUUAAUCAGGUUUAAGCUUCUUAAACAUUAUUGAUCAAUAUUGAUUUGAAUAUAUGAAGUACAGUAAACAAUGGAUCUAACAGAUACACCAUUUUUUAACCAGUGCAUUUUUUUAAUAACAAGGAAAUACAAAAUCAUGCCCAGGACAUACAAAUGCAAAAUUCAUCUUUUUUCAAAUAUAUACUUUUAGCAAGUAAAAACAUGUUUUCAAUGUUCAAACUAUUGAAACACUCACUGAAAAAUCUGCAUUAAUCAUCUGCAAAACUAUAAAUAACUUAUUUUUUCAAUAUAAAUAAAAUCCCUGAAAGAAUAUUAAUGUUUUUUUAUAAUGCCUGUACAUCUGUUGUUUUUUUUUCUUUGAAGGAUGUUUUUUAAGUUUAUUGCUACAGCU